AUGUUAUCACGAUCAUUAUCUAGAAUUAGAUAUUAUGGAAGACUUAAAAAUAUUAUUGAAAAACAGGCAUUUCCCAUAUCUGGUAGUAGGAUUUUUAAUAUGAAUCAAAGUAAAGCAUAUCUUUCAACAACUGCAACUGAUACAAAAGAUACUACAUCUGGAGAGAAAUUUGAAUUUCAUGCUGAGGUAAAAAAUCUUCUUAAUAUUGUUGCUGAAAGUUUAUACUCAGAUCAAGAGGUUUUUAUACGUGAAUUAAUAUCAAAUGCCAGUGAUGCUAUUGAAAAAAGAAGAUGUAAAGAGAUGGUUGAAGUUGGUGAUGCUACACAAGUUGUUGAAGAUAAUCCAUUAGAAAUAAGAAUAGAUGUUGAUGAGGGUAAUAAUCGUCUUGUUAUAACAGAUACCGGAAUAGGUAUGAAUAAAGAAGAAUUAAUAAAUUGUCUUGGUACAAUAGCAAAAUCAGGAUCAAAAGAUUUUAAAGAUAUAAAUAAAGGAAAAACAUCUGCUGAACAAAUUAUAGGACAAUUUGGUGUUGGUUUUUAUUCAGCAUUUAUUGUAGCUGAUAAAAUAAAAGUUUCUACAAGAAAAUGGGGUAGUGAUGAAGGAUUUACAUGGACAUGGGAUGGUGCUACAGGAUAUAUGAUAGAAAAAGUAAAUGAAGGUAUUUCAUAUGGUACAAAAAUAGAAAUUGAUUUAAAACCAGGUGAUUGUUCUAAAUUUUCAAAAUCAUCAACUAUAAAAGAUAUCAUUAGUAAAUAUUCAUAUUUUAUAACAGUACCAAUAAUAUUAAAUGGAGAAAGAAUUAAUACAAUGAAUGCUUUAUGGACUAAACAUCCAAGAGAGGUAACAGAUGAGAUGAAUGAAAAUUUUUAUCGUCAAUUAGUUAAAACACACCAUCAACAUUUAUCUCCAGAAAGACCACAAUAUACAAUUCAUUAUAAGACAGAUGUUCCAUUAUCUAUUCGUGCUUUAUUGUAUGUACCAACACAUAAAGUUACCCAACUUGAGUAUGCUGCAUCAACAUCAGAUUGUACAGUUUCAUUGUAUGCCCGUAAUGUUCUUAUUAAAGCUAAUGCUAAAGAAUUAUUACCAAGAUAUUUAAGAUUUUUAGUUGGUGUUGUUGAUAGUGAAGAUGUUCCAUUAAAUUUAUCAAGAGAAUUAAUUCAAAUGGAUAAAGUAAUAUUAAAACUUAAAAAAGUUUUAACUGAAAAAAUUAUGUCAUUUUUUAUAAGUCAACAAAAGAAAGAUCGUGUUAAAUAUGUUGAUUUUUAUAAUGGAUAUUCAAUGUAUUUUAAAGAAGGUGUUUGUUUAGAAUCAGAUCAAUCAAUCAAAGAAUCAAUAUCAAAUUUAUUAUUAUUUGAAAGUUCUAGAUUAAAAAAAGGUGAUGUAACAACAUUAAAAGAAUAUAUUGGAAGAAUGAAAGAAGAUCAAAAAGAAAUAUAUUAUUUAUAUACACCUAAUCGUCAAAUAGCUGAAAGUUCUCCCUACUAUGAAAUGUUUAAAAAUAAUGGUUAUGAAGUUUUAUUUAUUUAUGAUCCAGCUGAUGAAAUUGUUAUGUCACAUUUACCACAAUAUGAUAGAAAAAAUUUGGUACCAGUUGAACAAUGGGUAAAAAAUGAGGGAUCAAAAUUGGAUGAUGAAGCUAGUAAAUCACAAAGUACUAAUAUGGAGAAAGAAGAAUUUUUGGCAUUUGUUAAAGAAUCAUUAGGAAAAACAAAAGUAGAUAAAGUUCAACCUUCUUAUCGUCAAUCAGAACAUCCAGCAAUUUUAACAAUUUCAAAUGUUGAUCAUACAGCUGUUAGAAAUUUAAUUAGAACAGGUCAAGUUAAAAAUUUAGAUUAUCUUGGUUUUCUUCAACCAACAUUAAUAUUAUCAAUGAAUCAUCCUGUUGUUGCUGGGGCAAUGAAAUUAAAAAAGAAAAACAAAGAAUUAGCUGCUUUGGUAAUGGAACAGGUUUAUGAUAAUGCAUUAGUUUCUGCUGGUCUUAUGGGAGAUUCAAGUCAAAUGAUAUCAAGAAUUAACAAAGUUAUGAGUGGGUUAAUGGAGCAAGAAAAAUCAACUAUUCUUACUCCUUAA